GGCCGCCUCGACCCACACCACACCUUCCCUCUCCCACACACCAUCCCCACCACCAUGGCCACAAACGGCGCCGCCACCAACAGUUGCUCCUCCUCCGUCUCCUCCAACAGCGGGCAGACCACAACGGAACAGCAGCCAGGGCAGGGUAUGAAUUCCAUCGUACAGGUCUUUCCGCCCAUCGUGGAACUGAACGUGGGAGGAGUGUUCUACACAACAGCACUGACCACACUGCAGCGAGAACCUGACAGUUUACUCGGCCAGAUGUUCAGUGGAAAGACCAAGACGCCGGUGCUGAGGGACUCGAAAGGAAAGUUUUUUGUAGAUCGUGACGGUGUGCUCUUCAGGUACAUACUCGACUUCUUACGGAACCAGAAGCUCGUGUUACCUGAAAACUUCAGUGAGCGCGAGAGACUCAAGAAAGAGGCGGAUUUCUUUCAGCUCCAAGAUAUGAUUGAUUCUCUCUCACUGCCGAAGUCUCUGAGUCCAGUGGACCCCGCUUACUCAGUCCGAACCUCCGCCGGUACUAUCACCGUGAGUUACCGCGGCACUUUUGCGUUUGGACGUGACGGACUCGCUGACGUUAAAUUUAGAAAGCUGAGUCGUAUCCUCGUGUGCGGACGAGUGACGCUUUGUCGUGAAGUCUUUGGUGAAACAUUGAAUGAAUCGCGGGAUCCCGACCGUGGAGCCACAGCGUACACUGCAAGGUUCUUCUUGAAGCACACCUUCCUGGAGCAAGCCUUCGAUAUGCUUGUCUUGGCCGGAUACAUGCUGGGUUCCUGCGGCAACAGCACUGCAGGCAUUAUGGUGGACAAGAAGCCUGGUAUGGACAAUGAAGAAGACCGCUGGAACCACUACAACGAAUUCGUGUGGGUAGAGAGAAUAAUGGCGGCGGGGGUCGGUGAGGCGGCCGUCGCCGUGUCUAGGCCGUUCUUAACAUCAGCAAAUCUUUAUUCUGACGGCCCCCAGCAUAACCAGAAUCCGGAAAAAAUCGUGGGAACGUCCGGACCACGACUUCGCUGA